CUUUGAGCAUUUUACUAAAGUAUCUUCAAGUGCGCAAUGGAAAGCAACUGAAUACGCCAGCGAAUAAAAACCAGUGACUGAGUGAGAUACAAAUUAGUCUCAAAGUAGAAAUCCAAGCGAUAACUUCUCAAUUGUGCGGAGCAAAAAGUCGAUUUGUGCAAAAGCAAAUAAUAAGAGAACAGCAGAAACAGCAGAAAAGUUGACAAGUGGAAACGUAGUAAACAUUGUUUUGAAUUAAAAGAGAAGACACCCAUACAAACAUACAAAGAUAACCAAAAUUUGUUUCGGCAAAUAAUAAUUUUUCGUGAAUAAAUCAAUAAAUUUGUGUUAAGGAGUCCAUAAAAUGGCUGAUGCUAACAAGAGGAAUAUCCCCAUCAAAUUGGGCGACUUCAGCAUUAUUGAUACAGAAUUCUCGAGCAUUCGUGAACGCUUCGAUGCGGAAAUGCGCAAAAUGGAAGAGGAGAUGAACAAGUUCCGGCAUGAGUUGAUGUCGCGCGAGGCAAACUUCUUCGAGUCCAGCAGUUCUACUAAAAAGACAACGACUACAACCAGCAGCAGCAGCGCACCAAACUCACUCUCCCGUCCAGCACCCAGACAGAACUACAUCUCUGACAUUAGUUCACCACUCAUUCAGGAGGAUGGCGAUAACAAAAUGCUGAAAUUGCGUUUCGAUGUGAGCCAAUACGCCCCCGAAGAAAUCGUUGUCAAGACUGUGGAUCAGAAAUUGAUGGUGCAUGCCAAACACGAAGAGAAAUCGGACACGAAGAGCGUCUACAGGGAAUACAACCGUGAGUUCCUCUUGCCAAAGGGUGUUAAUCCGGAAUCGAUUCGCUCGUCGCUCAGCAAGGAUGGCGUUUUAACCGUGGAAGCGCCACUGCCCGCCAUCACAUCUGGCGAAACGAUGAUUCCCAUUGCACAUAAGUAAAUUAAUAACAACAAAAAAGCAACGACAUGAUUAUGUAGCAACAACUGCCGCAGGAGAGUAAACAAAAUAAAUAACAAUAACAACAACAACAACAACUACAACCAGAACUAGUGAGCAGUAAUAAAGCAGUUGUUACUAGAGGUCCGAACAAAAAAGCAAAAACUACCAGGACGCUACUUUUAAUUACUUAAAUAAAAAAAAUAUAUAUACAUA